UCUCAUCUUCCUUGCUUGUCUCGCAGACAAACACGCCAGUUCCACGACUUCCUCGCGCCACUCUUUCUCGGUCCGCCGGUCUCCUCCGGAGAGCUCGCCCUCACCACCACGCCGCCGCCUCCUGGUCGCUGGACUGGACGACGCCUCCGGGAAGCUCCUCCCGCCUCCACGCCUAGUCACAGGACCCGCCCACACGGUCUUCCCGGCGAGCAGCGGCGGCCAGCAAGCCCACCCAGGCGCCGUGAAUCCAACGCCGGUCGAAGAUGUCGUCGCAUCCAGGCGACCUGCAGCUCAUGGACGGCCCAGUGCUCAUCCAGCACGGCGACAAGGACGACCUGCUUAUCGACGUCCCGGAGCCCAUCCAGCAGGACGACGACAAGGACCACCUGCUGCUGGCCCGGACCAAGAGGUGGAUAAAGGAGAUGCGGGUGGGGCUGAUGCUGCUGGCGACCAUCCUGGCGUCGCUGGCCUACCUGUCCGUCCCGUACCCCCCGGGCGGGUUGUUCUGGAGAGAGGACAAAGCCGGGCCAUACCCAUACGGGCACGACGCCGGCGACCCGGUGCUGCCCGGCCAUCCCAUUUUCAAGUCGCUUAGCACCGUGGCCUUCCUGACCUCACUGCUGCUGGUCUCCAGCGAGUGCUUCUACCGAACGUGGGACAGGGUGGCAGGGCUGCUGCUCCUCGCUCUCCUCGACCUCGCCUGCCUUGUUGGCGCCUACGUUGUCGGCGCCAGUCCGAAUGGCUGGGGCUGGUUCAUCAUCGUCGUAUUCCCCUGCACCGUCGUCGCCUGCAGUUUCCUCUUCUUCUCCGUCCCCUUCAUCACGGGUAAUAUGGAUGCUACUGCGGUUCCUGCGUCGUCUCGCCAGGCUCUGGUGGUGACCAGCAUGGAGAGAGCGGCAAGGAGCGGGCGCUGUGGGUCAUCUUCCGGCCAUUCCUCGCAGAUCAAGUCGUAGGCAUCGUUCGCUGCUAGUAAUCUACAUUAUUCUCUGGCUCGGCAAUGGCUCUAGGAUUAGUGCAAUCGUAUGUUGUCGUAGUAGGAUUUAGUCCAUGUAGCUAAGAAGCGAAUGUCUGUCUGUACGUAGAUGAUCAAGGGUGCCACCCCGGUCUGUUUUAGGCUGCGUUUGGCAGCAAAGUUUUUUUAAAGUUUUCUGAGAAUACCGUGGUUUCUGAAAAAUACCAUGGUUUUGAAUA